UGUUCCCCCCCCCCCCCGCGCCGCUCCUUUCCUGGGUUAAAGGAUUUGAGCAAUGGGGCGGAGGUGGAGCUCGGCAGAGGAUUAAAAGAAGCGGAUGUGUUAAGGGACUGAUCCAGAUUUUUUUCUCUCUCCCUCCGCUUCUCAUCCUCCCUCCUUGGCUUCAAACCCGCGAAAACUUCUCGGGGGUGGGGGUGGGAGAACAAGAAGCAGCGGACGAAGCGAGAAGGAUUGAAAAAGACGAACCAGAGGGAUAUACGGAAUAGCCAAACCCCCUUUUUUUCCGCCAUCCAGCCUGAUCCCACCGACACACGCGCGCCGCGUAACCCACCCCUGACUCAGAUCCGCCGCCUGGAUCCCCUCCCUUCCCUCUUGGCUCGGGGAUCGAGAGAGGAAGGAGCCGCGAUCGCCGAGGCUUGCUGGAAUCUCCCCCCACCCCCGCCCGUCCGCUUCCCCGGGCAAACGUGACCGAGCCGGGGCCAGCUUCAGCCGGCCGACCACGCUUCCUGCAAACAUGGGCCGAGGGAAGGGUUUUUUAGCCCCUUGCCGCCUGCCGGUCAUCGCCGACACCAAGCUGGCGUGAAAAGUGGAACCCUUCCAAUCCUCGGGAGUUUCGAUUCUCGCCGGUUUAUUGGGAUACAUAUCAUACGUUCACCCAUCGGUUCUUCUGAUCUUCUUGGUUCAGCCUCGGAGGACGCCUGGCAUCUUGGAGCACUCCACCGUUGAUUUUCCACCCCUCUUCCUUUUUAAUUAACCACUCUCUUUUUUCCUGACUUGGGCACGUGAAUUCUUGGAAUACCUGACCGUUCUUGAAAUUCUCCGGAUUUUAAGAGGGUUCUAUGCAAAUCCGCCUCCCUGGCUGCAGCAUUCCCUGGGAAUCCUGGCUUCCCGCUGGAUUGUGGAGAACCGAGAUUUCCCCACUACCUUGCUGCCUUUUGUUUCCUCUGUCUGGAAUCCUGGCUUUUGACCCAAUUAAGAACUUCAGAAGGUGGCGUUGGGUACCAAAGUGCAUCUAGCAUCUUUCCAUCACUGCUGCGUCUUCUGCUGGCUUUGGAACUCCUGGGAUUGUUUGAAAUUCUGAAAGGCGUAGACUUCUGGUUUUCCUCUGGUUCCCUGCUGCCCUGUCCGAGACCUGGUCACUCCCCGGAUCAACCAUGUCUUCCGCUCCUGUCCUGCCCGAAUGGAAGCUCCAGUUGCUGGAGCGCCGGCGCAAAGAAGAGGAGGAAACUCGCCGCAGAGAGCGGGAGCAGCAAGACCGCAUGGCCAAGAUGCCGGCCUGGAAACGGGAGAUCAUCGAGAGACGCCGGGCCAAGCAGGGCUCCAGCACCUCUUUCUCGGAGCCAGGAGGGCCAGAGACGGCCAUGGCCACAGCCCCUGCAGCCACACCACCCUGCCCAGAGGGGGCGCUGGAGAGUUCGGUGCUACAGGAAAAGAUUGGCCCAAUCCACCAAAACCCUUUCAUUCAACUAGAAAAACGGCGCUACAAGGAGUCGGAGAAUGAUCUUGCCAGUGUGAAAGCCAAGCAGAUCGUGGAUCUGUACGGGCAAAUUCCAGGGGUUCGCACCCUGCGUGCUGACAAUGUUAUUAUUAUCGAGACAGUGCCGGGGGCGCCGCCGGCACAGCUGGCUGGGGAUCGGCACUUAGGGGAAAGCAAGUCAGGUAGCGUGGAAUCCCUGAAUGAGUUGUUGGCACGACGGGGCGGCAGCGUGACCGAGAUCCGCGCCGGGGAGGUCUUCAUUGUCAAGUCGGCUUUGAGCCGUAGCGUGGAGGACCUCAAUUCCGUCGGCCGGACCGAGUACCGGGGGUCACUGUCAGAACCACGUCAAGGGCGAGUGAGCAAACUGCUGAGUCGGUUCAGCCAGGAGGAUGGCGGGCGGCAGGUACCCCCGCGCCCGGUGAGGUCCCUCAGUACUGAGAACCUUACCGAAAGCACCUACGUGACCAGGAAGCCUGGCAGCAUGCCCGUGGAUGCCAAUCCUUCCACCAGGUCAUACCGUGAUGGCACGCCCAGUCCUCCCCGCGACCUUCCGGGUCUAACCUCCCCAGUGCCGUACACUGUAGCAUCUUAUCGCAGCCAGUUUGAAACCAAAUCUGCCGGCGGGGACGCCUGGCCAGACAGCCCUCCAAGGCGCUCGCCAGCCGGGAAAACACGGGGCAGGGAGACGGCCUCUCCGGAGAGGGGGCCCAAAGCGGAUACCAGCAGUGAUUCGGAGGCUAGCUUUGAAUUCCGGCCAUCAGCAGCCCCGGCUCCGGUGGCUGAAGAUGAUGUCCAGGGCAAAGCUUUGGCCAACCUCCGCCUCCACUCUCGGAACUCCUUCAUGGUUGUGCCGCGACGGACCUCGUCCUCUCCUCCCCCACUCCCAGAACCCAAGCAGGAAGCCAGCCCUCCUCCUCCUCCUGCUGCUGCUGCUGCUCCCGCUGUCAAGCAGCCCCCAGCCCCCACUUCCUGCUCGACACCCAGCCGAGAGCCACUUCUGCCAGACGUCCCCGCCGAGGAUCCUCCUGAGGCUGAGGCCAUGAGACGGGGCGGGAGCGGAGGCACCACCAAGGAGGAUGUCCGGGUGGGGGGCUUGGCCCGAGCCUCGUCCCCCCACCCAGCAGUGCAGCGUCGCAGCGGCAACACCAUCACGAUCAACCCUCGCAAAGUCCCCGUGGCACCUGUUACGGCAGUAGAAAAUGGCUUCGAGAGCGACACUCCCACCGUCGUGGCACCGGUGAAGAAGCGCUACCCCACGGCUGAGGAGAUCCAGGUGAUUGGGGGAUACCUCUCCCUGCAGCGAUCUUGCCUGGCCAAGAACGAUCCCCAUCGGAAGAAGCUUAAGAUCUCAUUCAGUGAGAACCAGCUGGAGAGGACCUUUCAGUAUCCAUCAGAGGAUUCCCUACUUGAGGAGUUUGGGCCUCCUGAGGAGUCAGAUUCAUUGACCUGCACCAAUCCCCAUGGGGAUGAGGAAGAAGAGGAGGAGGAGUUGUUGCUGCUUCAUCGUGGCCUCCCUGGUCUGCUGAGGACUAAGCCCCUCAUUGUAGAUGAGUCCUGCCGGCGGUAACCUGUUCAUCCUUCUCCAUCACAAGGAAGGAUCACGCCUAUCUAAGGAUUCCUACCACAUUCCAAAUCCUUCGGAUGUACUUUUGGUCUGUUUCCGUCUUCCAGUGACCACAAACGCUGAGAACAGAAGCUGGGACUGAGAAAGAAUGGAAAAUGCUGCCCUUUUCUGACACUCUGGAUGUGUUUCUUCCUUCAAGAAAUGAGAGACAGUUACAAAAGUAUCUUCCACUCAUCGGCAUCGAACUACACCCUCCACUCUGGCACUGAAAACAGGACCACAGAGACACCCUGCCCCGGUCACCCCAAAUCCAGAUAGCAAGAGGUGUUCCAAAUCAUAUGAGUUGGUAGAGAAGCUGCUCUCAGCCGUACACGGGUACAACUCAGAGUCUCCUUUCCUUAUCCCGACACUGCCAGCCAAUGCAAACUCCGGUGCAACAGCAACCUAACCAGCCACUUGGAAAAAAAAGAACUGUCAAUAGCCGGAGUACUGAACCUUGCGUACAUACUUCUCUGGUGUUGCCGUUUCAAACAAGGGCUAAUGUUGUCACCUUGUUUUUCUUCCUGCUUAACCACCCAAACUACAGCGGAUGCCCUCCGUGGGCUGACGGGACUCUUCCAGAAUGCCCAGGAACUCCUGGCUUUUUUUUAUAUGUUGGUAAAAUAUCAUAUUGUCCAUUAGGACUUUUAAAGGAAACCAAACAACAAUUUCUAAUAGCUGCCAUAUGGGUGAAGGGGUAAGAGGAAGAAGGAGCAAUUAAGUUGCACACUGUCAACCUAUCAAUAUUGGAGAAAGUUUUAUAGUGGGGGUGGGGAGUCCCCUCCCCCCCAUCUCUCUCUUUCAUUAACUUUCUCUCUCGUUAUCUCUCUGUCUUCCCCUUUCUUUUUAAAGCCAUUCUGGAGAAAAUGGUAUGGCUCUAGCACUGCUUGGGGAAAUUACUUUUUUUCUGGCCGCCUGUUGGUGGGAAUAUAAUUCCCUGAAUUCUCUGGGUGGCAUGGCCCAUGGUUUCUGGGAAUUACAGUCUAAAAAGAUCACAUUUUUUCCAUGUUUUGGGCUCUUGUUCUUAACCGAGUCUGUGAGUAGGCAUGCGAUGGGGCAAAUAGGGAGGGCGUUUUGGAGUUAUUCCAAGAGGAGCACUUGGUGUGAAGGCAUGAAACUGGGCAAAUGGGGAAAGGUUUCUCUCUGCAUGUGGGCAGAGCUGCUUGCUCUUUGAGACCGUUUCUUCUCUCUCUCUCUCUCUCUCUCUCUCUCUCUCUCUCUCUCUCUCUAGUUCAGGCAGUAGAGACUGCCAGAUGUAUGUUUGGAAGCAUAGAAUGGGAAGGCAGUAGCUCGUGGAGAUGGUCAGCAAAGCUGGAAGAGAAGUGACGCUUCCUGUUUAGUCAUGUCCAUUUCCUGUUUUUGAGGAUGCAGAAGUCCUGUGAGACUGAAUGAGCAAGCAUGAGAGGUGGUGAAUAGUGGCAGUCGGAAUGUUAGAAAACAAAGUGAUAUUUUGAAAAUAGGUGUGUGUUUUUUUUGUCGAUUUUUAAAUUUUUUUUAAAUUGUUGUUAUUUUACAAACCGACUUAGUUACUUGCCAUCCUUCAGUGCAUGGCAAUAGGGAUUUUGGAAAAGUGGACCCAGGAGGAAAACUCAAGAGUGGCUUUCCAAAUGUUAAGUGGUCACCGUUAUAACAUACUGACAGUUCUCUAUGAAGUCGGUGGUCAUGAUGUAGGGAAACCUCAGUCAGGAGGCCACCAGGUGAUGCUUUCUGCCGUGAGAUGGGCAGACAAAGUGGGUCACAUGAUCUGACAGAGCGAUCCAGAUUCUUCUUCCCCCAUGAGACCAGAAGGCAGACAACAUGAGGCUGGAAGUAUGGUGGCGGCUAAUGUGGCACUCCUUUUGGUCCAGUAGGGGGUGGUAGCGAGCUUGGUUAAGACAAACAGGAAAGUGAAGAACAAGUAGUACCUUUGUUUUAAGAUCACAUGCAGCUUUUGAAGACCUCCCCUUUGAGGAUCUUCUGUUGCUUCUGAGUCAGGGUCAGCAUCAGAGAUCUGCCCCGCUAGGCACCUGAAGAGAGCCCCUCCUGAGCAGAGGAGUCACUACCCCUGCUGUGCAGCAGCCUAAUCCUGAUGGCUGCAUCUCUUUGUUAUUACCUGUCUUCUUGUCUGAAUGAGCAAGCCGUCAUAAAAAUGAGGAGAAGCAAUCACCUCUGCAUGACUUUAACCGGUUAUGUUGACCCUAACAUCAGAAAGAGUGAGGUAGCUGCCUCUGGUGACCGAUGCUGGGCAGCAGUGGCAGCCCUUGUGCUGGCUGGGUGCUCUUGAUGUGGGGGGAGGGAAGUAAUUUUUUGGAAGGUCUGGCAGUUUCUCUGCCUUCCUGCUGAGGCCCCAGAUUGUUGUUGUUGUUUUGAAAAGGACAGGGCUGUGUGUGGCAUGCAUCUUCUUCUACACCUCCUAAAUUAGCCUGUUCUGUACGGUAGGUAUUAUCCUGUUCCCAGUGUUGAAGUCAGAUUUGACUGCCAGACCAGUUCAGUUUGAUAUAUGGAAGGUGGGAUUGGAGGGAACUUUGGCCUUGGCCUCUGGCAUCAAAAUGUUUUAGGCUAGACCUGCAGAGGGUAAACUAAUUAACAGCCGUGAGGCAGUGGACCAACUCAAGAAAGUAAGAUGCCAUUGCGGGCACCUAUGCCAUCUACUACAAACUCCAAAAUCCUGGGGUUAUUUCAGGGCUUAGGAUGCCACCAUGUCCCAGAAUGCCACUCUCUGGUGCUGGCAGUACAAGUCUGGCAGAGUCUCUCAUAAAGGGGGAAACAAUGCAUUCAUAUUGGCCGUCUUCCUAAACAUUUGACAAAGAAUUCCUCACUAUUGGAAUCCAUGAGGUUAAAUGACUUGAAGAAUGGCAGAACUCAUCCGUAGAAAAGGAUGGAGACUGAGAGGAUGGAAGAGCGACUAAUGUAUGAGGGUAGAAAGUCGUAGCCCAAGGACUGAGGGAAUGGAAGUGUGAAUGAAUGGAAGGAGGAGUCACAGAUGGGAAGGAAUGAGGAAAACAACUUGUUUCUUCUCCCUCUUCCUUGCUAAUUUAUCUUGUCAUAUGUGCACCCUUUUUAUUAUCACUUCCCCUCUUAAUUUUGCACUGUGGGAACAGCCAUGCCUGGAGCCCAAGAAUGAGUGGGUAAACAAUUGGACCUGUCAGAAUCUCUUCCUUUGAUGAGUGGAAUAGAGUCUGCAAAGAUCAACAUAUAUAUGGGCCAAGGGCUGAAACAGCUGUGUCCAGCCAUUUCCAUCAGUGUUUUUUAUAUGUAAUUAUUAUUAUUAACAAUAAACCAGAAUGGUGUUGCACGCUGA